AUGGAGAAAAAAGCUAUGAAGCCUAUGACACAAGCCAGGACAGAGCUUCUAGUGAAUGGGGGAAUGUUUUUCUUUGUCAUUUUCCUGAACACACAAUCCAGUGAAAAUUCAAUCGAAUUCUUGGUUUCUGUUCUAGAGAGAGGGGAGAGAAAAUGGGAGAAAAGAGAGAGGAAGGAAGAAAAACAUGAAGGAAGACCGGGAUCCGUUUGUUUCCAUUCGGGUGACUCAACUUGUCGCGUUGACUCGCUUCAACCCGCUUCGCAGAUCCUGCCAAUGAGUCGAGCCGAUUGCCCUGAGUCGCGUUUUGAGCUGCUUCAAAAGGAUUCCCACCGUGUGGCUAAAAUAUCUUACAAACUUGUUGAAAGUGAGAAACCGAUUAGCAACGACGAAUUUUGGGGGUGGUUUUGGGCCCAUAUAUUAUUUGCUCUACCAUCAAUUCCAAGUCAAUUUGGGCCAUUUGGGCUUCAACCAGGUGUUCCCUUUUCGACAUUGGAUUUUACUAAUCAAUUAAAAAAAAUUAGAUCUCCUCCGUUAUGGGCUUCUAGCCAUCAAGCUAAGUCGAUCAAGUUUCUGCUAAAAAAGACGGGUCACUUGACCUAUCCGUACCCAAAUUCAACUGAAACUAGAUCCCUCCAUAAGGCUUCUUGCCCAGAAAACCCUAAUCUGCAAUUCGUGAGCAAUUUGACGGGAUCAUCCAUGCUAGAAAUCUCCGCGCUUUUGACCACUGUACCCAUUCUAGUACUUUUGCGUCACUCCAUCAGCUCUAAAGCCCUAACUGAUGCUGAUACCAGACAGACCUCUUCAAAGAAAAAGGAUAGUGCAAUGGUUGCUUGUAAGAGUUUAAAGGCUUACCUAGCCACAUUAGCUAUGGAUUUUGUCUUCUUUGUUCUUCCCACACUUUUACUUUUCACUGUUCUAGCAGAGUGGACAUACUCAUGGGCGAUUCUGUUAUCAUUGUUGCUAUUCAUCUCUGUCGCUGUCAAAAGAUCUCGUUGUUUGCCUUACUCUGAUGGACCUAAUUCUUUUAGGACAAGCAUAUCAUCUUAUAGGGUUGCUAUGAUGAUUGUCACAUGCUUAUGUAUCUUGGCUGUUGACUUCAGAAUAUUUCCUAGAGAAUUCGCUAAGACAGAGACUUAUGGCACUAGCUUAAUGGACCUUGGGGUUGGCUCCUUUGUACUAGUGAAUUCAAUUGUUUCACGUCAAGCACGAAAUGUCUCAUCAUCAAUGAAUUGGUGUAAGGCAACCCUUAAAUCUACAACUCCACUACUACUGCUAGGAUUUGGUAGACUUAUUUCUACACUGAGUGUUGACUAUCAGGUUCAUGUGGGGGAAUAUGGAGUACACUGGAAUUUCUUUUUCACACUAGCUGGUGUAUCUAUCCUUACAUCCAUAGUAAACGUUCCCCCAAAAUAUUCUGGAAUUCUUGGUUCAGUAAUUUUAGUUGGGUACCAAAGUUGGUUGAGUAAUGGGCUAAAUGUGUAUCUUCUUUCUAACGAAAGGGGAAUGCAUAUAAUAAGCAGAAACAAGGAGGGAAUUUUUAGCAUAUUUGGAUACUGGGGCAUGUAUCUUAUCGGUGUUCAGGUGGGCUACUAUCUCUUCUUUGGAAAUUGUUCUUCUGCUGUGCUGAGAAGCAACAAUGGAACACGGAUUAGAGUGUGGCUUCUGUCUAUCAUGUUUUGGUUUCUGACAUUGAUUCUAGACAGCUAUGUUGAAAGAAUUUCUCGUAGAAUGUGCAACUUGGCUUAUGUUACUUGGGUGUUGGCUCAAAAUCUGCAGCUUUUAGCAGUACUAAUGCUUUCCGAUUAUGUCCCUGGGAGUAAAAUUUCAGCUCUUGAAAGAGCAUUUGACCGGAAUUUAUUGGCUUCUUUUCUUCUGGCAAAUGUGCUAACAGGGCUGGUAAACUUGUCUGUGGACACCCUGUUUGCCUCAUCAGUAUCUGCCCUUUUAAUCCUGAUUUUCUAUGCUUUGACUUUGUCUGUGGUCAUUGGAAUUAUAGAAUUUUAUGGUGUAAGGUUAAAAUUUUGGUAGGGAUGAUCGUUAUGUCUGCUUGUAAAAUGUUUUUUUUUUCCCUGAAAGCUAUAACAAAAUUAUCUGGUUCUGUUGUGCCUUAGAAAGAAAAUGUCCUCGACACAGCUCAGAAUAGAGGAAUCUAACCACAAUUACAUGAUUUUAGCAUGAAGUUGAUAUAUGAGUUGUAAUGUUCUAUGAAAUGUGAAUAUGAAUAUAGGACAUGGUAAACAUGACAUGGAUAUAGUUAUAGGACAAUUGAAAAGGUAGGUUAGUUACUAUACUGACAUUGAUCGUUUGUUGUUUAUCCUGUUAUUAUAGGUUACUUGCAUUGCACGAACUGUAUUUUCUCUAAUAAUAAGCACAUAUAUAUAUAUAUAUACAUUUCUUGUAAAGAAACUAUAUUCACUGAAAAUACAUUAUGUCAUGGGGUUAUUCCUUAGAAUCUUCAGGCUACCAAGGUUCAUCUAUUCCGUGAUGUGAUGCUUCUUUGGUUAACUGAUUAUUGAACUCAUGUCCCUUAAAGACCAAGAAAACAUCGGGCAUGCCCAUGACCAUGGACUUGGACAAGGACAUGCACUUGUAUACGUUUUUGUCAUGUUGUACGGACCCAUUUGGUUUGGCAAAUGUCAGUGGAUAAAUACAAUCUACAACUCAUAGUGUGCAUGGGUAUGGUAUGUAGUUUUGAAGUUUCUGAGGUGUAGAUAUUAACAUUUAUUUGUACAAAGGAACAAUACUGGAGAUGAAAAUCUAGGAAAAACUUAGCCAAUCAGUACGAAAUAUGAAUUAUGAAAGAGGCAAGGGAGACCGUUAAAAAAGAAAAGAAAAAGCUGAAGAAAAAAAAGGGUAGAAAUUAAAAUGUGUAGGAAGCUGAGGGUCACAUGGAUUACCCUGCAAUUUGUCUGGCAAAUUGGACCGCCUGACCUCAACAGAUAAGGCGACAGUUCCCUGUGUUUCUUGUCUCUCUUUCUCUCUCUUGUUUCACACGCCUUCGUAAUUUUGUUUUUAAUAAAAAAAAAAGAAAAAAACAUAUCUAGCAUGCAAAGUUUGUACUAGUACCAUAAGUAAAUUACACGUGGCAAAUAGCAAUUACUCUGACAUUUUCCUUUGUU